AUGAAUAGGACAGACCAGAAAACCCACGACGGACUUCGGAUUACCGACCACAAGAAUUUUUCGGAAGAGUCGUUCGGAUUCGGAAAUACCAUUAAGUAUUCCAGAUUCGAUGCGGAAAAGACUAGGCUUUUAUCCGCGAAGGGAAAGACGUUAUUACUGCGUAUUCCCAACUGUCUUUCGUUCGGUGUGAAAAAGAGUACGAAAUACAGGAAGAUGGAAUUUACGCUUCCCAUUUCACUUGACGAGGAAUUUGUUUCCAUCUUUGAUACCAUCGGUGAGAAAUGUUAUACUCACGUUAAUAAUUCUGAUGGGAAUGCGAUGACCUGUCUUUCCAGAAACGGAAAGUCACCCGUCCUCUACGCGAAAUUGGACGACGAGACUAUCUUCUUCGAUGAAAACGGUGAACCGAUCGGUCAUCGUGAAUAUCGGGACUUAUGGUUCCGAUCGGAUGCGGUCGUGAGGAUCGAAAGCGUUUACGCGGCGGACGACGUAACAUCCGUUCAGAUGAAACUUCACGAAGUUUGGAUCAGAUCGGAUCUUCCGUCCGACGAAACUUCUGAUAGUCUGGUAUCGGAGGAAUAA